AUGGCGCCGACAACCCGGGCGAUGCGAGCGCGCGCCGCCGCCAGCGCCGACAGGCUCCCCCCGGACGCGCUGUUCCACACCCUGGUGCGCCUCCCGGCGAGGGACCUCUGCCGCCUCCGCGCCGUCUGCCGCUCGUGGCGCGCCCUCACCUCCGACCCGCUCUUCGUCCGCGCCCACGCCGCCGCGCACCGGGGCCCGCUCCUCGUGGCCAAGUUCCGCGACGACCCGACGGGCGUCUACGUCCUCGACCUCGCCGGCAACGUCCUCAAGCGGAUCACCGGCGCCGCGGACGCUGGCCUCCACGUGCUGUGCGCGCGCCUGGACCUGGCCUGCCUCGCCACCGACUGGAACAGGUGCCGGGUGCUCAAUCCGGCCACUGGCGCCGUCCAGAUCCUGCCGCAGGGCCCGGCGCCGGAGCACAGGCAUCGGGUGAACCUGGCCACUCCUUACACCUUCUUCGCUCUCGGUCUGGUCGCCGCCACAGGGGAGUACAAGGUCUUCCGGAUGUUCAACCGCCUCGAGCAGGUCUUCGAGGUACUCACCGUCAGCAGGAGCAGCAACACUGGUCAGUCUCAGUCAUGCUGGAGAGCAAUGCCUAAGCCUAGCUUCUUCAUCCAGGCGUUCACUGGUGUCUUAGUCGAUGCGGUGAUCUACUUCUUGAUCAGCAGAUCGUAUCUUCAUGUCUCCCAUACUGAUGCUCGCGCUCGUCCGGAUUACAUCAUGUCAUUUGACCUUGAGAGAGAAGAAUGGAGGAGAGGCCUGACAGGGCCUGUGGGUGGCGAGAUUAUUGCUUCUGGGGAGGGUGUGCUUUCCGACAAUUAUCGGCUUGAUCUAGCUGAGCUGAAAGGGUCUUUGGUUCUAGUAUACAAGCGCCUCCAGCAGCUGACAUUUGUGAUGGAGCUGUGGUUUCUCAACGACUUUGAGAAUGGGCUCUGGGAGAAAGAGUAUACCAUUCAGAUUCAGCAUCAGUUGGUUGUCACGGCUGCAAAUACUUUUUUGAACUAUCUGAAAACGGUAUUGGUUUUGGAUGAUGGGAGGUUAGUCAUCUAUGACGCGCGGGCAGGGCAUCUGGUUAUAGGGGAUCCACGGAGCAGCUAUUUUGCGCCAGUAAUGGAGACGGCGAGGCCUCUUGAUUCUCUUGGUAUCUACACAGGAAGCCUGUUGAGUUUACAGUAG